AUGAUAGGUAGAAACAUAGGUAAAUAUAAAAUAAAUAUAGUUUGCUUGUGUUUGUCUGAUCAAGAAACAACUAACCAUGGACAACUGCUAUGUAACUCCCAAUUGAGCACUAGUGUGAAAUUGAUUAUGGCGAGACGAAUUGACAGAAUCUUCGAUGCGUUGAAGUCUACUACCAGCUAUGAACCAGUAAAUGAAAAAAAUAAUAACUACGACCUAUCGAAGGCUAUUCAGGAUGCUGAAAUAAUAUUUUCAGACGCUGCUGGCGAAGACUACAGUGCUGUUGGAAAUGUGGAUUCAGUAGAAGCGCAAAGUGCUAGCGAGUGCAAUAGUGAAUUUGUAGACGCACAAAUUAGCGAUUUUGUAGUUGAUGGAGAAGUCAGAAUGAUGAUGGAAGACGCAAGUGAUGAAGCUGUGGCUCCAAUUCAGUUGAGUAUUGUUGAAAUUGGCCAACGUGAUUCCAUUUUCGAUGAAAUACCUUCCUGUUCAGGAAUACAAUCCACUAUUAUUGAAAAUCUAACUGUAGAAGAUUGUGAGAGCUCCGACUUAGAUGAGUCUGAUCAUACGCCUUGUACUAAACUAUCGGAUAAGAUAUUAGAAGACGAAGGACCCCGUCGGAAGCGUUCAACAAAGUAUGAAGUAAACAAAAAUAAAUGGCAUGAAAACAAGAAUCGAAUUAAAAGAGAAAAGGGAGAAUCAUACGUAGGGAAAAAAAAGGAAAAUGGGAUGUGGAAAUAUGACAUUUUAAAGGAACCGAGAUCACUAAAGGAUGUAUGUCGUUGUAAACUAAGUAACAAUCAAAAAUCUGUUUUAAAAUGUAGAGAAUUGACUGAAAAUGAGAGAAAAAACAUUUUUAAGGAAUUUUGGCAAUACACUUGGGCAGAAAAGAGGGUUUUCGUAAAAAAUCACGUUUCCAUAAAUUAUACUAUAAGAAAACGGGGAAUUAGGGACGUUUCAAGAAGAUCUUAUUCAAACAGAUUCUUUUUGGGCAAGGACAGACCAAGGGUUUGUAGAACGAUGUUUCUUAAUACGUUAGGAGUAAAAGAGUGGGUUAUAAAAAAAUGGGCCAAAAGUAACUUGGAAAAUGGUUAUAGAAAGGAUGAAGAUAAUGUACAGCCGAAUAAAAUACGUGACAGUACUACUGCACCUACUCGUUCGCUGCAUGACUUUUUCGACUGUCUACCGAAGCUGGAAUCGCACUAUUGCAGGGCUUCCACAUCCAAGCUCUAUUUAGAGCCAACUUGGAAUUCUAAGGCUCACUUAUAUAAAAUUUACAAAAGCGACUACUGUACUACACAUAACGUUGAACCUGUAUCGAUUGCAACAUUCCAUAAAGAAUUCGACAAAAAACGACUAUCACUCUAUAAACCAAAAAAAGAUCUAUGUGACACUUGUGUUGCUUUUGAGACAGGCAAUUUAACAGAAGAUAAGUACAAUGAACACAUUGCAUUCAAAAAUGCAGCAAGAACUGCAAAGACCGUAGAUAAAGAGUCUCCAAACGAAGUUUUUACAAUGGACCUUCAAUCCGUUUUGCUAUCCCCAAAAUCAAACACACCCGGAAGAUCUGCUGGUGCACCAUUGGUAAACGAUAUUAGAGCAUUGAGAUACUCUCAUGAGGGAGUGUUUUUCAAACUCAAUCACUCUGAUCAAAAAUGGCAAAUUCUUCCAGUCAGGCUAAACACAAAGACUAACAACGCCACCAAUGAUGCAAACGACUUACCCAAACUCUAUAGAAAUAGGAUAAAAAUUAAGGCAGAAAAGUAUAAACACCUUCAAAGUCUAAAUUCAACCAUGGAAGUCGAUUAUCAUGCCUUCUAUGAUAAUUUACCCCAUGAUUGAAUAAAUCGUAGAUAAGCACAAUCCGAUUUUGUUUUACUUUUAUGAAUACAUGUGUUUUCUUCCUUAAGCCGCUCUAUUAAGCACAAUCUGAAUUAUGUUUAUAUUUUUAUGAAUAAAAAUUGUAUUUUUCCUGAGUAGCUUCAUUUGUUACUGUUCAAAUAUCCCAUAUGAGGAACCCCUAUCUCCAGGUUUUUGGCUGAAUAUAAAAAAGAAAACUGCCUAUCUCCUUUUUUUAUCAUAGUAAAUGAUCUAUGCUAAAAUAUUGUCCAAGCAUAUAGUUUUUAGCUGCUACAAGACACUUUCUGAUCGUUUAACACAGUCAUUCUUGUGAAAAAUACUACAGUUCAAUCUGAUGACGUUUUUUGUGUCUCCUGUAAAAUUUAUAGAAACGGAGAUACGCAUUUUGCCGAUUAAGCCGACGAUAUUUA